CCAAAGUCGCGCAACAUUCCCCCUUUAUUCGUCUGCCUUUUGUUGUACGAUAUUUAUAUUGUUUUUCUUCUGAAUAUGUGAAAUAUAUAAAUUACUCCGAAUUGAUUCCAAUCAAUCUAAGUCGGAUGUGUUCUUCCAAAAGCUUCGUGUUUUAGAAAUCUUGCCCAGGUCUCUAUGGAAGCGCGCACGAUAGCGAGCUAGCUAACGUUACAGAAGCUAACUUUAGCUAGCAGCUAGCUCUGUACUUUCGUGUUAUUGUUUUGAAGGAAGAGCAAGUUUAAAGAAAAGAGAUUCAACUCCUUCGCCAACAUGACGUCUGCCUCUGCUAAGGUCGGGGAGAUCUUCUCCGCAGCAGGAGCUGCCUUCACCAAGCUGGGGGAGCUGACCAUGCAGCUGCACCCAGUCUCAGACUCCAGCCCUGCAGGAGCCAAAUGGACGGAGACGGAGAUCGAGAUGCUGCGUCUGGCGGUGCGUCGGUUUGGAGACGACCUCAACAACAUCAGCACCGUGAUCAAAGAGCGCACUGUUGCUCAGAUAAAGAGCACGGUGAAGAGGAAGCUGUACGAGGACAGCCGCGUGCCCAUUUCCUCCGAAUCGCCCAAGAAGACCGUCAAGAAAACCGCCAUGACGCCGGCUCCGGCGCUCGCCGCGCCCGCCAUGAUCGCCGUGCAGACCUCGCAGGUUGUCGUGGCGACGGGCAUGCAGAACAGCCCCUCUCUGGCCCCGCCCCUCAAGAAACAGAAGACAGCAGACGUGACUCUGAGCGCUCUCAACGACUCUGACGUGAACAGCGACCUCGUGGACAUCGAAGGACUCGGCGACGGAUCGUCCAACAAGAAGCUGAACUUUGACCAAGAGAGCCUGAACUUGGACUCGAGCCUCAUCAUGAACUCCAGUGACCUCCCCCUGCUGUCCCGCUGACCUUUGACCUCCCAGCUGACUCCAACAACCUUUUUUAACUUCCCUACAGGCUCUGCUCUGCCGUUACCUGACGCUCAUCUGUCCACAUUUUAAAUCACACACACAUCUCUCUGCGUGGUGUUCAUUUUUUUAAGUUCAGGGUGAAAAAAAAAACCCACAAAAUGUUUAAAAAAUGAGAAAUAAUCCAGGGCACCCAAGUUAAAAUAUUAUAUUAUUUUCUUUUUUCAAAGACAGCCGGUAACUUCGUCCUCUUAGGAGACAUUUAGACUUAUUUUUGUGCAGCAGAAUUAUGUUUUCAGUUCAGUUUCU